AACAUCAACAAAGUCUAGAUUCAAAUAAUAGCCAAGAUAAUGAUUGUUGUCUAUUUGAACAACAACAACACAAUCGUUUUGGUCUUUCUAUUUCACAAGAAAAUCUUCUUCAACUUGAUCAACAACAACAGCAGCAACAACAACAACCACUACAGAAUGGUCAAAUGUUUGUUGCUCUUUAUGAUUUUCAAAGUGGUGGUGAGAAUCAGCUUUCAUUUCGUAAAGGCGAUCAAAUGAAGAUUGUUUCGUGUAAUCAAAGUGGUCAAUGGUGUGAAGCAAUCUCAUUUAAUAAUCAAGUUGGCUGGAUACCACAAGCGUAUAUAACUCCCAUAUGUUUAGAUCAACAUAAAUGGUAUCAUGGAAAUAUAUCGCGUUCGGAUGCCGAACAAUUAUUAUCAUGUGGUAUUAAUGGAUCAUUUCUGGUACGAGAAUCAGAAUCAUCGCCAGGUCAACGAACCAUUUCCUUACGAUAUGAUGGCCGUGUAUAUCAUUAUCAUAUUAAACAGGAUCAAGAUCUUCGUUAUUAUGUUAGGCCUGAAUGUAAAUUCAAUACAAUCGCCGAAUUGGUUCAUCAUCAUUCGAAUCAACAAGAUGGAUUGAUCACGAUGUUAUUAUAUCCAGCUACUAAACAUUCAUCGGGCUAUUGGUCAACAAUGAAUGAAAAUGCCGAUGAAUGGGAAAUCAAUCGUACGGAUAUUAUUAUGAAACAAAAACUUGGUGGCGGUCAAUACGGUGAUGUUUAUGAAGCUAGAUGGCGUAAAUAUAAUAUGACAGUAGCAGUGAAAACAUUAAAAGAAGAUACAAUGGCCGUAAAAGAUUUCCUAGAAGAAGCAUCAAUCAUGAAAGAAAUGCGUCAUCCAAAUCUAGUUCAAUUGAUAGGCGUUUGUACAUUGGAACCACCAUUUUAUAUUAUUACAGAAUUUAUGCCAUAUGGAAAUCUUCUUGAUUAUCUUCGUAAUAAUGAUCGUGAACAAAUGUCGGCAGUGAUUUUAUUAUAUUUCGCCACUCAAAUAGCCAAUGGAAUGUCAUAUUUAGAAUCUAGAAAUUUUAUUCAUCGUGAUUUAGCUGCUCGAAAUUGUUUGGUUGGUGAAGAUUUUCAGGUAAAAGUUGCCGAUUUUGGUCUUGCUCGAUUAAUGGGUGAUGAUACAUAUACGGCUCGUGCUGGUGCCAAAUUUCCAAUCAAAUGGACAGCACCAGAAGGAUUGGCUUAUAAUAAAUUUACUACAAAAAGUGAUGUAUGGGCAUUUGGCGUUCUCCUUUGGGAAAUUGCCACUUAUGGUAUGGCACCAUAUCCUGGAAUCGAAUUGAGUGAUGUGUAUCAUAAACUUGAAAAUGGCUAUCGAAUGCAAUGCCCAGAUGGUUGUCCACAGCCAAUUUAUGAUCUCAUGAAAAAAUGUUGGAAUUGGGAACCAACACAACGCCCCACUUUUGAUUAUUUAUAUCGUACAUUAUUUACAAUGUAUCAAACAUGUGCCAGUGGUUAUUCAUUGGAAGAAUUUAUCUCGUCCGAUCAAUUUGCUGAUCCACAACAACAACAACAAUUAAACAAUGAUGGUAGCUCUACAAGCGGUUUUUCCUCUAGCUGUGGUACUGGAACUUCUAAUUUAGUCAAUAUUGUAACGAAUCCAGAGCAAACAUCACCAAGUCAAACACAAGUUCCAUAUAAAAAACUUUCAGGAAGCUCACCAAAUAUUGCUGGUCAUUUAUCCAUAGUAUCGUCUACUGGCAAUAAUAUUGUUGAUGAUAAUCCAUCAUCAUCAUCUCGUGAUCCAAUAUGGCCUUCGAGCUUUUGUCCAACAACCAACAACAACAACAACAAUGCAUCGAGUAAAACAACAACCAAAGUAAAUAUGAGACAACGUAAUAACCAUAACGAACAACAACAACAACAACAACCACGAAUGCAUCCAAAUUUGCUCAAAGUAAAACAGGCACCUACACCACCAAAACGAACAAGUUCAUUUCGUGAUUCUACAUAUCAGGAUAAACAACCAGGUGAUGAAGAUAUAUUAAAAGGUGCUGAACAAACAAUGAAUGAUAUUGAAAAAGUUUUUGAAAAUCUUAGCUCAAUUGAAAAAACUAUGGCCGAUUUUGCUGCCCAACAAUCGGUUCAACUUGAUGAUAAUAGUUCUACGACAUAUAUGUACAAUUCAGAUACGGAUCAACAACAACGUAAUUAUAAUUCAACAAAUACAAUAUCAUCAACAUCCUCAACACGUUCUAGUUUGAAUAAUAAUGCUCAAUUAACAACGAAUAAAAAUACAAUUCAACAACAACAAAUGAUGAUAUCGAAUACGAAAUCAAAAUCAACACGAACAAAAUCUAGUUCGAAAAAUAAGAAUAGUAAAUUGAAUUUUGAUCGUCAUCUAGCGGCUAUUGAUCCAUAUGAACAAGAACAACAGCAUCAUCAACAGCAGCAGCAAAUGAUUAAUUCAAAAUCAAAUAAAAAAUCCGAUUUGGAUGUGAAACGUGCCAUUAAUCGUUAUGGAACAAUACCAAAAGGUACACAGAUUAAUGCCUAUCUGGAUUCUUUACGGCCACAAAAUGAAAUGUUGGAUACAAAUUUUCAAAGCAAUACUGACAAUUUCAUCAUCAAUAGUCCAACAUCAUCGACAGUAGAUUGCCUGAAUCUAGAUAUUCAUCAUAUUCGUGAUUCUUCGGAUAAUAUUCUUACAUUACAACAUGCAUCAGCUGCAAUUAAAUCACCACAACAAAAUUAUCCAAAAAUUACUACAUUUUCUAAAGAUGCAAAUAAUAGUGUAUCGAUAUUGGAAGACAUUUCCAACAAUAGUAACAGCAAUCAAUCGACAGUUUCUAAACCAAAUCAUCAGCAUUUUAAUUUUACUCGUCAAAAAUCUGAUUUAACACAUUCGAAAACAAUUGAAAAUGUUAAUUUUAAUUUUAAAAGCUCAAAAGCAAGACAAUUACGAAAUGGAAACAAAAAUCAUCUGCAAUUAUUGAAAUCGGUUGCAUCGCCUAGAUUGCCAUUAAAAUCAUCUGCUAAUUCUGAUCAAAUUGAUUGUGGAAAUGUUGAUGAUUUAACGAUGCCCGUGUUUCAUCAGAUCACCCCACUACCGCCACCGCCAGCAAUCGAUGAUGACCUCAAAUCACCUAGUAAUCCUACUCCGAAAAUUCUAAGUAAAAGUGAAUCAUUUGAUUUCGUUUCAUUUAAACCAUCUAUGAAUCCUAUAGAUCCAUUGAAUAAUUUAAUGACUUUAGAUGAAAUUAUCAACCCUGAAGAUUUUCCACCACCACCAUCGACAUCGGAUCUCAAUAGUGGUGACUUUAAUAAUAAUGAUGAUGAUGAUGAUGAAAACAUUUCCGAAUCACAAACACAAAAUGAAAAACAAAACACAAAAGUGACAAAGAAAUCAUCAAAAGAUAAAUCAUCAUCAAUUAAUAAACAACAAAAUUCACCAAAAGAUGGUCGUUCAACAUUGAACAAAAUGACAACCAAACGUUCGAAUGAUACAACUACAUUAUCGAAAAUUCCUAUUCAAAAUUCCGCAUUCAUAAAUGAACUAAACGAAAGUUUUCGUUUGAAAACACAAAAAUCGACAAAUCAGAAUAAUAAGGACCAAACUACUACUACUACUACUGCCAAAGUGGCUAACACAACAAAAACUGCAUCAUUCCUGUUUAAACGAAGCUCAAAACCGGAACCAAGUUGUCCGGCACCGGCCAUUCCUAUAUUUUCAAAUUUUUCACAAUCAAAAUUUUAUACGAAAAAUUCGACCAAUAAUAAUGAUUCAGCUAUGGAUGUAAAUAAUUCCAAUGUAGCAGCAGCAGCAGCCGUUGAUGCUGAAUAUGUAACACCAGUGUUGAAAAAAGUUCCAUUAAAACCAUUUCAAUCGAUACGACAACAACAAGAAUCAACAACAAAUGAAGAAAAUCAUCAUCACCAGACAACAUCAACGGCUACUAAGCCAAAAUCAAAAGCAUCAAAAUUGGCAUUGUUUUUUAAUAGCGGUUCAAAUGCAAAAAAUCAAAAACAUUUAUCAAAACCAAGCGAAGAACAAAAAACGAAAUCUGAUAAAACCAUAAAUGAUAAUAAUAACUUGGAUAUAAUGGAUCCAUCAUCAUCAAUGAUGAGUAAAUCGAUAAUUUCACAAUCCGGUUAUGAUGCCGACGAUGAUGAUGAGAUAACCAAACGUCAUAGUGGUGUUUCAAAUUAUAAAAAAUUCUGGGAAAAUCAUUCAUCUAUCACUGCUACAAAUAAUAAUAAUAAUAAUAAUAAUACUGGUGGUGAAACAUCAGAUUCGGGUAUUGGUUCAAUUUCUAAAAGUAAUGAUUCAGUAAUAUCAUCAUCAAGUUCAAUAAAUUCAUCUACAGUAACUGUAUCGAUUCAAUCUAAAACCAAUAAAAAUUCAUCAUCCAAUACAGCUAUGUCUAGUCCUAAAUUGAAUACACGUGGCAAUUCAAAAUUGAUAAAUAAUAAUAAAGCAAUUUCCGCAAAUAUGCCAGAUCAAACAAAAAGUUUAUUAAUGGCUGGAAAAUCUCAAAUCCCAACACGAAAAUCAUUGAUGAAAAAUUCUAAUGACUCAUCCAACAACAACAACAACAAAAUGGCCAACAAUUUUAAUGUUGUAUUGAAACCUGUAUCAGAUUCUACCAAUACAGCCAAAUUAAAAAAAUCUUUAGCAUCAGAAUCGAUUGGUAAUAAUAAUAAUGAUGAUGAUUCCACUAUGAUUGGUUCAAAUCGUGAAUCAAUAAUUGAAUGUUCAAAACAGAUUGAAUUGAUGCUUGAUGAACAACUAAAACAGAAUAAUAACCAACAUACGAUGGGAAAAAAUUUAAAUGUCGAUAAUACAAUUAAUGCUGACACGACAUCAUUAUCCAAUAUAAGUCCAUCAAGAAUGUCCAAUAAUUUAAAACGUGUAUGCGAUAUAGUUCUUGUAUUUCGUAAAUCAUGUUUAUCAUAUGCUGAACAUUCAUUAAUGCCACAACAAAGAUUUCGUUUUCGUGAAUUAUUAACUAAAUUGGAAAAAAGUAAUGAAUCAUUACGUGGUAUUGGUGGCGGUGGUAUCAAUGAAAAUUCAUUAGAACAAUUAAAUGAAUUACAAUCGAAUCUACGAGAUAUUGUUGUUUUUGUUCAAAAAUAAUUAAUUGAUUGAUUUUCCACCUUGAAAAAAAAGUAAAAAAAAAACCGCAAACAGCCACACAACAUGAUUUGAUAAAACAAUGACAAGUGCCAAAAUGUGAUUCAGACCAAAAUUUUCUCAAAUUCUCAACCAUCAAUAAUCUUGUCAUUCAUUAAUUUUUUUUUUACUAAAUUGAUUCCAGUUUGAAUCACAUUCUUUUUCUUUUAUAUAAAUCGCCAUUAUACUCAAAACAAAACAAAAAAUCAAUUUACACACACACAGACUCACCGAUAAUAAUAAUAUGAUAUAAAAAUGCUGAUCCGACCAUAUAGACUCUGUUGUUGUCAUACUUGAAUUUCUAGUCCAUUUUAUCGAUCGAUUCAAUUUAAAGUAAAAAACACAAAACGAAAAAAAAAAUUUUUUUUCUUUUUAGCAAAUUUCCCAUUCAUCGAUUGUGUUUCUUUUCUGUAACAAAUAUUUUUCUAAUUCAAUGUAAUGCUUUUGAUGAUCGACAAUUGAUUAUAAUUAAAACUUGAUUUUUUUUCGUU